AACGCCCUCUGGGGGCGGGGCUGACGGCGCCGGGACGGUCACAGCUGGGGCGUCGCCGGUCACGUGAGAGGGGCGUCGCGGAAGUGUCAGUCAGUAGGAGCGAGUCGCCGCCGACGGAGCCAUGACCAAGUACUGCCGGGCGCCCAACUGCUCCAACUCCGCCGGGCAGCCCCGGCCGGACAACCAGCGCCUCAGUUUUUACAAGUUUCCUCUGCACAACCCCGGGCGCCUCAAGCAAUGGCUUUCGCAAAUGAAUCAAGAGAAGUGGAUGCCAACAAAACACCAGCACCUAUGCAGUGAACACUUUGCACCAUCCUGCUUCGAAUACCGAUGGGGAGUGCGCUACCUGAAACCUGAUGCUGUGCCCACCAUCUUCCACACAUCGGACAGCUCCCUGAAAAGGGAGAAUUCUGUGCAGCCUCCCUCAGAAGUUCCUGCCAAGAAACUCCUCCUUGAAUGUCAUGGGGAGAGGAGCCCUCCAGGACAGCAGGCCAUGAACCUCCAGGAGCCUAACACACUGGAGACGCUUGCCAUUGCCACAGCCCCCAUCUAUGUGGAAGCUCAGUCUUCGGCCUCGGACCUAGACUUCCACACCCUUUCUGCCCCCUUGGUUGGAACCGUAAACCUGGUCCCUGUGGUUCAGAUCAUGGAGCCCCUCAAGGCCGUGACGCUGACUGUGGCUUCCCCGGUGGAGGCUGUUUCAGGCCAGCCAUUGCCAGAUCCACUGGAGCAGCAGGUGGUCGACUUUGUGGCCUCCCUCCCACCACCGACCCUGGAAGCCAUGCCCAGCUCUUCUGUGGGGGUCUCUGGGCAGUUCUGUGCAGAAGUCGCGGUGCCAUGCGAGGUGGUGGCAGCUGCAAGGGAUCCAUUGCCGCUGCAGGCCCUGGUGGAGGAUCAGCCCAUAGCGGCAGACCAGGGGGCCCUCAUCAUCGAGAACGUCUCCAUUGAGCCGUUUCUGGAGGCUGACCCCUCGGUGGCGGCGGCUGCCGUCCUGAGCUCUCUGCAGGAGCCCUCCACGGAGAUGGUGGCCUACUUCGAGACCAUCCCGACCGCUCCUGCUGCAGCAGCCGCGUCUUCCGGCGUGACUCCCCCUGAGACGGUGCUGUCCUCUGCCCUCAGCCUCCCCAUCGUCUCCACCGUCCCCAUCAUCUCCAACCAAGCCUCCCUGGCUGUGGAGCCAAAGCUGGAGGAGCUGAGCCCCACUGAGUCUGUGGAGGAGCAGCUGGAGGAGCACCACUACCACAAGAGCGAGGUGACCUCCGCAGAGCUGGUGGAGGUGGUGAUGGGCCUCCAGAAGAAGGUGAAGGUGCUCCAGCAGCGGCACCGCCGGCACUGCGCCAAGCUGGAAGCCAUGGAGGGGGUGGUGGAGCAGCUGCGGAAGGAGAACCUGGUGUCUGAGGAGAAGCUGAAGCUCCUGGAGGUGGCCUGCCUGCAGUCCAGUACUAUCAUGCCAGAGAGUGGCGGUGCCGUCGCCAUUAUCUGCCAGGACAGCGACCAAGCGCUGGUCUACGCCGUACCUCGGCUCCCGGAAGAAGGGAACGAGACCAUCAUCCACGUUGAAGAGCAGUAACCUCAGGAGAGGGAGGGCAGUCGGGAGCCAAGCCCUCUGCAGUCCGACUUGGCCAAAGGCACACGGUCAGGAAGAGGAAGGCGCCCUCCAGCUGCGAGGAGCACUGCUGGGCCUCUUCCGAUCUCAGCUGCGUAUUUGAUGGCCUUAUUGCUACGGCACCUUAUUUUGUGGGAAAGGCAGAGGGGUUUCUUGGGGGUGGUCCCCCCGCCCCAUCUGAAAUAAUUUGUAUAUAAAAUUGUCGUGGUGGGAGAACUAACUUACUGGCUGCUUGUGUGUUCACCUCUUAUUCUGUGCCGCAGUCAUGGAUUAAUUAUGGUAGUAACUGUUGGAUUAUCAGCCAGACUUUCAGUAUUUCCUCACCCACUGGCCCUUCUGGUGAGUCCAGGCUGGGAAGGCUGGGCCAUCUUGGUGGCCCUAACUGCUGCGUGAUACCUCGGACACCUGGCCUUCUUGCAUUUGCCUUCCCUGAUGCCUUCUAAAGGCUUUGACUUGGAUGUGCAUGUGAUGCCACCCUGGUAACCACAUACCCUACUGUGGUGGCUGGUGGCAUCUCAGCAUCUUCCGUUGUGGGCAGGUGACAGGCCAGGGCCUUUGCCAUCCAUCCUCACAGAUCCUUUCCACAUGAGCUGAUGUGGGAUCAAAAGGAAACAUGGGACAAGAGUGCCAUUUGGUGAUGGAGAACAAAGUCGAGACAGGGAGAAAUGGCAAAAUCUCCUUGAUGAAGGAUAUGUAAUGGAAAUAAUUUAUAAGAGACCAUCAGGAAUUGUAAUUGCAAAUGUGCAUCUAUUACAAAAGCAAAACGGAAGCCAGUUUGUUUAUUUGUUAUUGUUUUUUAACAUUUAUAUCCUGCUCUUCCACCCAGGAGCCCAGAACAGGGUACAUGGUUAUGUUUAUCCUCACAAUAACCCUGUGAGGUAGGUUAAGUUGAGAGAUACAUGACUGGCCCAGAGUCACCCAGUGAGCGUCACGGCUGAAUGGGGAUUCGAACUCGGGUCUUCCCGGUCCUAGUCCAACACUCUUAACUACUAUGCCAGUUGACCACAUACCAAUCUGCAUGCAAAUAUGCAGCACCGACUACAGCAGGGGUCCCCAGAUGUUGUUGGGCUACAACUCCCAUAAUUCCCUGCCAAAAUGUUCCCCUUGUGACUAGGGAGGAAGGGAGUUGUUGUCCAAGGAUGGCUGGGAACCCCUGGUCUACGGAGAACUGAAGCGCCACAGAGGUUGCCCAGUGUACAGAUGGAUCCAUUCUUAUUGGGCCAGUCCUGUAGCUGCUCUGUUGGUUUUGCAUCUGCUAAGCUGGUUCACCCCUCGCUUUUGUCUCUGUAUACACUAGGAUGGCCUCAUGUACAUUAUUUCUGUGGCCCUCUUGUCCAGUCAGGUGAUGCAAGCUGCCGGCGUGUCCGAUGGGCAGGAGGAGGUGCUGCUGAUGGCCUGGCUCAGCUGCUUGGUUGAGGCGGCUUUUGGGGAGCCCCGGAGAUGCAGAUUCCUUGGCGUGCUUUUGGCCUGGUUGCUACACUCUUCUUCCCUUCAUGAAAACACUGAGGGCUUGGGGCUUCCCUCUGCAGUGACAGCAGGGCGUCCUUAGCUCCCGCAGGGGGUUGUUGGUUGGCAACAGAACAGCCAAAUGUGUAUCUUCUUGGCUCCUGCUGUGGGCCAAUUGCCCUGUUAAUUCUUUUACAUCAGAGGUUCUUGAUCAUGGCUCCCGUGAUGAUGAUGAAGAUUAUGAUGACGAUUGAUGGACUUUGGCCAUUGUGACAGGCGGGGUGAUGGGAAGACCCAUCCUGCUUCUCUCAGUGGCCAGAUGCACAAGCAAGGCACGGAGGUGGCUGCUCUUUUCACCCUCCCGCAACCAAUAUUCAGGACCCAACUGCCUCGUUAUGGAAGUCGCUUCCAUAAGUCACUUCUCUGUCAUAAAACAUAAAUGCUAGAAAGGUUUAAAGCCGACUGCUUCUUACGUUUUCUGCUGCCACUGAUUUCUUGCAAGAUCAGGGCAAGCACACAGCUCUCUUUUGGCUUUUAAUUUUCAGACAGACACCUGGCCUGGGGGAGCACCCUCCUGACUUGAUCUUAAGGCUGUGUUUCCAAUGAUAUUUUUGUCCUCUCGGCGACCCUUCCCAGCUACCUGCCAAAUAGUUUCCUGUGUGAAUGAAAGUUAUUUCACGUUCUUUUGAAAUAAAUUAGGUCUUUAUUUUUAUUUUUUAACAUGGGUCUCUGUGACUGGGAACUGACCCAGGGAUUGGAGAGAAGCUACAAUACUAAUAUAAUGUUUUUUAAAUGACACUUUGAUUGUUGAUCUUAAUGAGGGGCAGGGAGAGGAGGGGACAGAGCAUGAUGGAUGUACCUUAACAGUACUAUAAUAAAAUAAAUGGAGUACCCUGAACCAACGAGGUAUCAUUAGUUGGGCAUCUUUCCGAGAGGGGAGGCUUUGACUGGGAGGGAUGGAGUCUCCUUGCUUGGAGGUUUAGAGCCUUGGUUGUGUUGGUACCUAGCAGAGUGCCUUAAGUAAGGCUGUAUGUUGUGAUGCUGUGGAGUGAAGGAGGAGGACAGAAUGCGGCAUUGGGAACUUAGUUUCCAGAAAACCUCUGCUUUCAUGGACAAAAAGGGGCAAGUUUCUAGUCCUUAGGGUUGUGUUUCAGGAUCUUCCUGAAAGUGGCCAGGCAGUUAUAGCUGCUGUCUUAGAAACCAGAUAAAAUUGCUGAUGAAAAGUUCCUCUGUCCAGGUGUGAAGCUUCAGUGGCCUGCUUAUCUCCUUCCCCUCCUUGUGUCUGGCGAACCCAGAAUAAAUUAUACAAAGCAAGCAGAUUUUGUAUAAUUUUUACAGAACCUGCAAUUUUUUUUGCAAGGAUGCAGAAUUUCAAUUUAUUUAGCAUAAGGUAUUUGCAGCCCUGGGUUUUAUGCCCUGGGGCCCAAAAAGGAUAAUUGACAUCUUCCAGUUAUGUAAUUUGAAAAGUUUUGGCAAUAGAUUGUAAGUAAGGCUGAAUUGCAGAGCAGGGAAGAGGAUGUUACGGUGUGUUGCUGUCACUCAGGAGCAGGAAGGCCUCCCUCUUGUUAAUCAUUUUACAGCAGCUUUUAGAACACACUGACAAAGUACCCUAUUGCCGUGAAAUUCCCAGGGAGAGCAACAUAUUUUUUUAAUCAGGAGCUCUUUUAAUCAGGACUCCUGCUCAGGCACAUCUACAAGCAAUGCCUUUCUCUUCCUAUUGUGAUUUUUUCAGCAUCCAGCCUAAGGAAGUGUUCUGUGUAAGUGUAAAACUUGUACCACUACACUGUGAAUUUUGCAGUUCAUCUGAUUAAAGGAAUUAUUUUACUCUGAA